UCUGAUUUUCAAUCCACUGGAGAGCUCGGACUGGUUUACUAAAUUGAAAACUUCUAAUUUUGGUUGCAAAUGAAUUUCAGCCGAGUUAAUCGAGUAAAUCGUUCCCGCGACGACGAAGGAAUUGAUAUGUCAUCCCUGAACUCUGGACUGACUGGCAAGGCCAAGAAGUUGGCCACAAAUCCACACUGGCUAACUGUCUUGAAGAAACUGCCGCCGAAGCCGCAGAAGUCAAACCGUUUGUUUCAGCCAACAUUGAAGAAAAAAGCCAUUCCGGUCUCUUUGGUGGUUGGACGCAAGGGUGUCCAGGAUGUCCACGAUGUCCACGAUGGUCACAAUGUCCACGAUGUCCACGAUGUCCAGGAUAUCAAGGAUUUCCAGGAUGCCAAGGUAGGAAUGACAGUUGAAGAACCACUGCAAGGAAAAGAACUUGCCAAAAGACUUGCAUCCAAACGCAAUGGCGUGCGUAAUGGUCGUGGUGGCAGGAUCCUGGAUCGCCAGUCCGGAUCAAGACGCACCGGGGUGAAGGCGGUGUUCAAGCGCAAUGGGGGCGGGGCCCACAAUUGGGGAUCGCCCAAGCAGGACAUCGAGAUGCGCAACGAGAUCGAUUGGAGCCCCUCUUUCAAUAAGACCAAGAAGUCCAGCAAGUCGCUGGACAUGGAGGAUUCGAUGGAGAAAAAGGAGCUGUUCACCCUAGACGAGUGGCGUGCCAUGCGUGUAGGUGCCCAGCAGAAGAAGAAGCCUCCUCAGGAGAAGGGGCAGGAAAAUGAAGACGGUGCACCAGGACCAGGAUCAUCGGGAACAGAGGCCACUGGACGCCGCUGUGGACGCCAGCAGCGCCUAGUCGACAUCAAGAUAAUUUUCUAUGACAAGCGCCUGGCCAGCUCCUCCAAACAGGGUCCCACUCUGAAGAUCUCCCAGGAUCCGAAGUACUGCCCAAAGGUUGACGACGAGUUGCAGUUCCCAAAUCUUCGCUAAGGCUACACAUUUUCAAGUUGUCCAUUUCCGUACAACUUCGUGUUCUGCGUGAUUGGUUGUUAUAUUAAAAAGCCAUCAUUGAUCAAUA